UGCUACUUUUCUUUGCUAACGGGUGUUGUAUUCUACAAUGCCUGAGCCGGCAAAAUCCGCUCCCGCGCCCAAGAAGGGCUCGAAAAAAGCUGUCACCAAAGCUCAGAAGAAGGACGGCAAAAAGCGCAAGCGGAGUCGCAAGGAGAGCUAUUCCAUCUACGUGUACAAAGUGCUGAAACAGGUGCACCCGGACACAGGCAUCUCGUCCAAGGCCAUGGGCAUCAUGAACUCGUUCGUCAACGACAUCUUCGAACGCAUCGCGGGCGAAGCGUCGCGCCUGGCGCAUUACAACAAGCGCUCCACCAUCACGUCCCGAGAGAUCCAGACGGCAGUGCGCCUGCUGCUGCCCGGCGAGCUGGCCAAGCACGCCGUGUCUGAGGGCACCAAGGCGGUCACCAAGUACACCAGCUCCAAGUGAGUUCCUGCCGGGCCGCGGCGCUCGCACAAGUCGCCGGGCCGCUUGACUUUCCAAAGGCUCUUUUCAGAGCCACCCAUCUAAUCACCAGAAAAGAGCUUUGUUCACUUGUUUUCCCUCAGUCUCUUCUCACAAAGUAAGUUGCAGUAGUUGGAUAAAAGUAAUAGCAAAUGGCACACGUAGCUUUUUAGGCCCUUUUGACUUGAGGUUCCUGGCGCGUGACUGGCUUUGCUUUUCAGUCUAGGCUGAGUCUUAACCCCUCACUGUGCUGCUUAGUUUUCUUAUGAGUCAGUUCUAAAUUAGGAUGCUGAGACUCUGCUCGUUCGCACCCUCUACUCGUAGAUUGUGUCUUGGUGGCUCUGUUGGGUACGUUUCAUCGGUGUUUUAAAACCAAGUGAGUGAUUUCGGCCAUCCUCAUUUAAGAAAGGACCCCAGGACAUAAGUAAGCCCAGGUCCUGCGAGCACUGCAUCACAGCCCUGAAGAAUUCUCCCGAGAGUUUGGCAGCUGCUUUGGUGCCCAGUCAUCAGUUAUGCCCUGCGACGCGACCUCCUGUGGAUACCAGUAGUUCGGGAUAUUUAGGACGGAACCCGCUCUGCCUGGUCUCAGCCUUUCCCUGAUUGGACGACAUGAAUAUUCAAAAUCUCGCGCCGCUCCAGAAUUCAUAGAAACUGGUUUCCACCGCUCACUUUGGUGCUUUGAAAUCCCUGUUAUUUUUUGGUUUGUGGAUCAUUUUUGCAUUUAAUUCUCUUGGAAUGUUUCGGCCUCAAGUAACUGUAAGGCACUAGUUAGUCAUUUUAGUCUGGGCUCAAACGACACCUCUCAGAAACCUUCUCAAAACAUCCACUCAGGAGUUUGCGCCUCUCCUUUCUGCCUGUCCUGGGCCCUCACUCUAUUUUAUCUUCCUUCUAGCAGCGGUCAGAAAUUGUCUUGUUCGUUUAUAUUCUUGUUUACGGUCUUUCUCCUCAAGCCCUUAAAAGAAACUUUGCUGGUCUGGUAUGCCUCUAUAUCGUCAGUGCCAACCAGUACUGGGCACACAGUGGACACUUCAAUACUUAUUGAGUUAAUACUUGUUGAAUUAAUUUUUCUGUCCUACUCCUUUUUUUAAUCGCUUCCAUGAAUGGAUGGGUGCGGUUCAUUUUCAUUAGAUGCAUGUGAAGACGUGAUGAAAAUGGAAAUGUUUUUGGAGCUCCUUUCACAAGUCUGUCCGUGGUCAGCUCAGGGAAACAGCUGGGAGGAGGACUUUGUUAAGAUUUUUUUCUUUUCUUUUCUUUCUUUU